UCCAAGCUGCAAUCACCUGAAGAUAUUUGUGUUUCAGAUGGUUCAGCGACUGACAUUUCGUCGCCGCCUGUCGUACAACACAAAGAGUAACCGCCGCAAGAUAUCAAAAACCCCAGGUGGUAAACUUGUGUACCUGUACAAGAAGAAGCUUGGGAGCGUACCAAAAUGUGGAGACUGCAAGGCCGUCAAACUGCAUGGUAUCACCCCAGCACGGCCUAAGGAGUUGAUGUCCAUGACCAAGAGACUGAAGACCGUGUCCCGCUGUUACGGUGGAUCUCGCUGCCACAAAUGUGUUAGAGACAGAAUUAUCCGAGCUUUCCUCAUAGAAGAACAGAAGAUUGUUGUCCGGGUAUUGAGAGCACAGCAGGCAGCUAAGAAAUAAAUCAUCGUAAAUAUUGUACAGGCGUUUGAAUAAAGAGAAAAAUAGAA